AUGAAACGCUUGCAAACCAUAGGCAAUGAUUACGACCAACACAUCACUCAAAUGAGUGCCCUUUUGGCCAAUGUUUGGCCACUUUUGCACAAAUUUGAGAGUUUAGUCAAAUUGGAUCAAUUGUUGGCCAAAUUGGCAACAAUUAAGACAAUACACAACACUUUGGAGACUAAUGUCAUCAACAACCUUCUUCUGCCCAUUGAUGUGAUGUUAACACCGAUUAAGAAGAGGUUUAACUACCACUUCAUGGAAACCAAAAGCAAACUCAAUAGACUUGAAAAGCCCGAAUGGUAUUUAUCGCAAACUUUGGUAUGGAUUCGACAAAACGAGGGCUUCUUAUCGGAAGUAAUAGAUCCACUUCUGAAGGAUCACUCGUAUGAACACCAAUUAAUUCCAUCGAAAUUUCAAUUGAUUUCUGGAUUACUUAAAUGCCUUACAAUUAAACUAAAACACGAUUUGCCUUCACUUGUCUUUGACGACAAACUCUUCACUCAUACCGUCGAUGAAGUGCUAGUCUUUAGCCGAGAACUGUUAGACAUUGAGCCGAAUAUAUUUGAAAUCUAUGCCAAUUGUAAUCUAAUGAAUGUCUUCUCUUGUGAGCCAUUCUUCACGAGAAUCAUAACUCUGGAGAAGAAGAAAUCGGCAGAAUUUAUGGAAUUCAUUGUCGAGUCGAAGAGCGCGUGGAAUGAGAUGUGCGGACCCGAAGGCAUGGAUGAGUUGAUGAUAUGCGAGUGCGGAGACAACUUCGUACUCAUGCUUCAGUCCAUAACCAACCGGUGCUCACUCUUCACCAGCGAGUCGUUGAAGUAUUCAUUCGUGAAAUUACAGCUCGAAAUAUUAGAUGACUUUCGUUUACGACUCAUUCAAUUGAUUCAUACCAGCGAUCAGUCGUGGCCUUACUCUCAACAAUACUUCGCAAUCAUUAAUACAUUUAAUUAUUUGAUUGUUGUUUUAAAUGAAUGGAAAAUAUUGCCCUUUUUUGUCCAAAUAUCGGAAACAUAUUCACCCAAUGAGACAGUUUUCGACCCAAUUAUAGGUCUCUUUCAACACGUUUUAAACGAAUUUAUUUCUCAAAUCAAGAACUCGUUUAUCAGUGAAUUUCGGAGUCAAUUACAAACCUAUCAAUCAAUCAAAUGGUUUUGCCUUAAAUCGAUGGACAACUGUCUGAGCUCUAGUGCUUCGCAAGUGUUGCACUUUGUGUCCGCAAACUUAGUAUCGUUGCAGAAGUCUUUGUCGAACUCAUUGUUCGACAUUAUAUUGCAUGAAAUGGCGGAUCAAAUAAACGCGAUAUUACUCGAAGAUGUGGUUCAAAAGAAUACGUUCAAUGAAUUUGGUGCCAAACAAAUGGAUUACGACAUAUCGGUUGGCUUUCUAUCUCUGUUCAGACUUUAUAUAUCAAGACCUAAACCACACUUCGCUUCACUCACCGAAGCCCUCAAAUUACUGAACCUCGAAAGAGGCACUUAUCUGCUCCUCAAAGACAUUCUCAGUCACAGCGAUAACAACACCGACUCGAAGGUCGCUCUCAAAGAGAUGCAUAUCUCGACACUCUCUCCACAUUUGGCUUUAAAUAUUUUAAACAAAAGAAUUUACGAGAAAUAAAAUUUAAUUUAAACAAUUAAUUAUACGAAUUAUACAUUUAUUUCCAUUAGAAAACACAACAUUUCUUAAAGCGCUAACAAAAUACAACUUUUUUUGCACAUUCAUUGAGUGAUUGAAACCA